AUGCCGAAAGCCAUCAGUCAAUUUCAUUACAUCAGGAGAUAUUCUCAUAACACAACAAGAGCAAAUAGUGUCAUAGAAACGGCGUGCAAGGUUUUGUCAAAUCAUAAUAACAUACUUAACAUUACUUCAUGUGCCAAGACAUUGCGGCCGACAUCUUGUGCACUAGGACAGAGCAUAAAUCGUAUGUACGACUCUUCCCCUGGAUUUGCCGUUUCCGGCAGUCCAGCGGUAUUGGCAUCAUUUCUCGAAUCCGCAAUGCUCAGGCAACCACUUCGCCUGAAGGAUUGCGAUUGCGAGGAUAGCUUCGGCCCCCAAGCGACGGAGAACGUGUUAGCACUCGCUGACCAGCAUUGGGAUCUUGAAGUGUUCCGCCUCCUAAGGAUCCGAGGGGCCACACUUGCGGCCGCGUACUUGCGAAGACCGGUAAUUGGUGGUCUGGGUGGGACGUGGAACCGGAAAACGUGA